AAUUGAACGAGAAGAAAAGGAUAUCAGAAUGGUUAGUGAAAAUGAAUUCUGGUCUGAGAUUCGCAAGGAUAUACCACGAUACAAAAAGAGGAAACCACGGGUUGUUCCAGCCUUCACUAUUCAAGCCUUGCAGGAAAAUACGGUCGUCGCGAAACCGCCACGGUGCCGAUUGUACAAACCACGUCCCCCAAAACCGUCGACUUUCCGAAAGUUUUACAAACGCGGUGUGUUUCCCAUUUCUCUGGAGAACGACGGCUACAAUCAGAAAAUCAAGUGGAAGAUUAGUAGUGAUAGCGUCUCCGCGAACAUAGAGGACUUGGAUUUCCAUCAUUAUCUACCGAUGUUCUUCGACGGAUUAACGGAGACGGAACAACCCUACAAGUUUCUGGUAGAGCAAGGAAUAGCGGAUAUGUUGGAACAUGGUGGUCCAAAGAUAUUGCCCGUCGUACCUCAACUGAUCAUUCCCAUCAAGAAUGCCUUGAACACCAGAAUGCCCGAGAUAAUAUGUGCUACGAUGAAAGCGCUUCAGCGUUUAGUACGCUCAGCUGAUUGCGUUGGCGAAGCUUUAGUUCCAUAUUUCAGGCAAAUUUUGCCGAUUCCGAAUUUACUGAAAGACAGGAACGGUAAGCGUGCACGCUUAAUUCUCUUUGUUUGUACGAGAAUGAAAAUAAAAUUUCUCGCAAUUCCAGUAAAUCUUGGAGAAGGUAUUGAUUAUUCUCAGCAGAGAGGAGAGAAUGCAGCGGACGUUAUACAGGAAACUCUUGAAAUAUUGGAAAGAUACGGUGGUGAAGAUGCUUUCAUAAAUAUCAAAUACAUGGUUCCCACUUAUGAAUCUUGUAUGAUGAAUUAAUAGGCAGAAUAUGACAACGCAAAAAUAAAUCUACUUAAUAAAUUUA